UUCACCCGAGGAGAUGAUGCUGCUGCUGAUCCUGGCGUGUCUCUGCGCCGGAGCGCUCCGGAUCGGGGUCUCCUCGGCGGAGCCUCCCCCAGCCGGCGACGAGGCGGCCGAGCUGAGCAUCCCGCAGUCCAGCCGGCCGCUGAGGCAGGUCAGCCCCUCCUUCCUGUCGCUCACCAUCGAUGCCAACUUGGUGACGGAUCCCAGAUACAUCACCUUCCUGGGGAACCGACUGAGGGAAAACAAUUUUCUGGAUUUGCUGGCAAAGCAAGAUGCUGCAAAUGUUUGUGGAAUCAGAUCUCCUCCUUCAGACAUUAUAGAGCUCUUGCAGUCUCAGUGGCCCUUCCAAGAGAUGCUCAUCCUCAGCGAGCAGCACAGGAAUAAGCAUAAAAACACCACCAUUACACGAAGUACAAUAGAUAUUUUAUACAACUUUGCACACUGUGCAGAUUUGCAUCUGAUCUUUGGACUCAACGCUUUGCUGCGGAAGGGCGACUCCCAAUGGGACAGCUCAAAUGCCGAGUUAAUUCUGAAUUACACGGAUUCCCAGAAUUACAGCCUGUCUUGGGAACUUGGAAAUGAACCUAACAGUUUCAAGCACAAGUCUGGAAUUUAUAUUGAUGGAUUCCAGUUAGGGCAGGACUUCAUCCACCUUCGUCAGCUUCUGAACAACUACAGCCGCUAUAAAACUGCCAAGCUUUAUGGCCCUGAUGUAGGUCAGCCUCGGAAGCGAACUCAAAAGUUGUUGAGGAGAUUCCUGAAAUCGGGAGGAAAAGUAAUUGAUUCUGUUACAUGGCAUCAUUACUACAUAAAUGGACGAACUGCUACCAGAGAUGAUUUCCUUAGUCCGGAUGUACUAGAUACCUUAAUCACGGCUAUACAGGAAGAGCUCCAGCUCGUGGAUGACAUCACACCAGGAAAGGAAGUGUGGUUAGGAGAAACCAGUUCAGCCUAUGGAGGAGGAGCUCCUCACCUGUCAAAUACAUAUCUGGCGGGUUUUAUGUGGCUGGAUAAACUAGGACUGUCUGCCCAGCUGGGCAUCGAUGUGGUGAUGAGACAGGUUUUAUUUGGCGCAGGGAGCUACCAUCUGGUGGAUGCCAGCUUUGAACCUUUGCCAGAUUAUUGGCUCUCUCUGCUGUACAAGAAACUGGUGGGCACCAAGGUUCUGCAGUUUAACAUUGCAGGCCAAGACCCAAGGAAACUUCGGGUGUAUCUUCACUGUACCAAUGAGGAUCAUCCAAAGUACAGAGAUGGUGAUGUCACCUUGUUUGCCUUAAACCUCUACAACAGCACCAAACGCUUGCAGCUACCCUCGCACUUUUCGAACAAGCAGAUCGACGAAUACAUUUUACUACCUCAUGGGAAAGACGGCAUACUUUCCACGUCUGUUCAGCUGAAUGGCCAUGUCUUAAAAAUGUUGGAUGAUGAAACACUGCCAACAAUCAGUGAGAAGCCUCUGAGUCCAGGAAGCAGGCUUGGGUUUCCUGCUUUCUCUUAUGGAUUUUAUGUCAUAAAAAAUGCCAAAGUAAGGGCAUGCAUCUAGCAAGUCACGACAUGCUACCAAAAUUCAAUUGAAGACUACAGCCUUGUGGAAACAUUGGACCUUUCAACUGUUCCAGAUAUUCUGAUCGGCGGGGGAAAGUGUGUCAGGAGAGAUAGGCAUUACCGAGACCUUUUUUUCCAGCUUUUUCUAUAUUUCUAGAAAAUUAUUUCAACUCCUCAGUCUGCAACAGUUACUUAAGCACUUUGUUUCAGUUCUUAUCAUCCCAACAAUGAAGGAUCUGCUACAGGAAGGUUUCUCUCUGGCUUUUUAGUCCCUACUGAAUGAUGACAUUCACAUGGUAGCUGUGAUCCAGUCACUUGCUUCCAGCCUGAUCUACCUCAUCGAGUUGUGAUAAGGAUCAAGAGUGGAGGAGGAGAACCAUCUAUGGUGCUUUAAGCUUUAUCAGAGGAAUGGUUGGAUAUAAAUUUAGCGUAUAAAUAUGCAAUACAAUAAAUGCCAAGCAGUAAAUCGGAAGAAGGGUGGCAUCACUAGAUUACAGGAAGUUUCAGGAUAAAUAGAGAAAUAGACCAGUCAAGUGUUCAGAAACUUGAAGGCAAAACAAAACUAUCUAAGGACAGCAAAGACCAACUAAGCAAUCUCUAGGCACAAGUAGCAUUACAUACCUGUCACCUCAAUAUUAUUAAAGCAGGAGGGGAAAACCGAUUCCGUUUUAUGUUAUCAGUGGAGGCAGUCGAAAUUAAGGAACAAGUAACUGUUUUCCCUGGAUCAAUUGUUAGGAAGCAAAACCCUGACUUCGAAUGAAUGUUAUAUGUUUCACAUUCCCUGUGAAUCCAGAAAUCUAACUAGCUUGACUAUGUUUAUUUUAUAUGCCAUUAUUACCCGUCACCUUCCUGUAUCUUAUACAGGACAGCUAAGAAGCCAGAGGCCAACACCACUGUUUUCUUCUCCUAUGGGGUUGUUUCAUGACAGAUCACCACAAUUUUCUUUUUUUUUAAAAAAAAUGUGGAUUAAAGACACUUUUGUGACCCCUCUGUGAUUAGAGGCUCUGAAGCUAAGUUCCACUAUCUUCAUAGUAGAUCCACCCCUGCUAAGAAUCCCUGGCGUCCUUGCAUUUUACGUAGAGUUUGGAAACGUUUCCUUUCCUGGACUACAUCUCCCAGCCCUGUCCACUUACAGUCCAAAAACAAAACUUGUAUUUGCUUUCGAAACAGGGUUAGAACGAGGAGAUAUUAUCUUCUAGACCAGUGGUUCCCAACCUUGGGUCCUCAGGUGUUCUUGAACUAAAACUCCCAUAAGCCUCCACACAAGUGGUGCUGGCCAGGAUUUCUGGGAUUUGUAGUUCAAAAAUACCUGGGGAUAUAAAGUUGUUCUAGAAAUUGUUCAAACAAUUGUAGUGCUUGUUCUAAUGUAUCUGGCACAUCUCCAUAGUAUCAUCUGUGCCAGUCUUUAAACUGAUGAGAACACCUGCAUGGGUGAUUGCAGAAGAAAGGAAGGCUAAUUGCCUUAGAACAAAGGAGUUGACAACGUGAAUGUCACAACCAGCGGAGCCUACGGGCAACGCCCUGAGAGCUCUUUUUAUUUACUUAGCAUGAUUACAUAGUAUGUUGCUAGAAUUCAGAUAGGAUACUAGCUAUCUAAUUGUAACCAGGAUUGGUUGAAAUAACUCUUUGAUCUUAUGCUCUACCUUUGAGCGAAAGGGCAGAAUAAGGGGUUAUCCCGCCUGCUAGCAGC